UCACAGCUGGUCAACAGGUCAGUACUUAUCUGCCCGCUGCUGGAAACUGAUUUAGAUCUCUUUCUUCGGUAAAAAGGGGCCCAUCUACAAUCACAGCAUGACAAGCUACACAGAUAAGGGGGAGAAGCCCGUGAGGGGAAAGUUUGUCAGGUUUCAUCAUCUCACCUUCUGGGUCGGCAAUGCUAAACAGGCAGCCUCUUACUACUGUGAUAAGAUGGGCUUCGAGCCUAUGGCCUACAAGGGUUUGGAGACCGGCAGCCGAGAAGUGGUGUCUCAUGUCAUCAGACAGGAUAAGAUAAUGUUUGCGUUUGAAUCUCCGCUGAAUCCUGGAAAUGAAGAGAUGGGACAACACUUGAUGAAGCAUGGAGACGGAGUCAAAGACAUCGCCUUCCAGGUGGAGGACUGUGACUUCUUAAUCAAGACAGCUAGAGAGCGAGGAGCUGUCAUCGUCAAGGAACCCUGGGUGGAGCAGGACAACCACGGGAGGGUCAAGUAUGCUGUGGUUCAAACGUAUGGAGAUACAACACACACAUUCAUUGAGUACCUCGGCCCUUACAAAGGUCUUUUCCUGCCGGGCUACAAAGAGCCUCUGUUCAGGGAUGUUCUGUUAUCCACACUCCCACCCGGAGGUUUGCGCUUCAUCGAUCACAUUGUGGGCAAUCAGCCAGAUGAUCAAAUGGUGCCAAUUUCAGACUGGUAUCAGAAGUGUUUGAUGUUCCAUCGGUUCUGGUCAAUAGACGACAAGCAGAUCCAUACAGAUUACAGUUCACUGAGGUCCAUAGUUGUGACGAACUAUGAAGAGACCAUCAAGAUGCCCAUCAACGAACCGGCAUCGGGGAAAAGGAUAUCACAAAUCCAGGAAUAUGUGGACUAUAACGGGGGACCAGGUGUUCAGCACAUUGCCCUCAACACGUCGGACAUCAUUGAAAGCAUAGUGAACCUGCGCGCCCGAGGGAUGGAGUUCCUCUCAGCGCCUGACACAUACUAUGACACCCUGCGGCAGAAACUCGAAACCGCCAAGAUCAAGGUGAAGGAGGACCUCGACCGCUUACAGGAGUUGAAAAUCUUAGUUGAUUUUGACGACAAGGGCUACCUUCUUCAAAUCUUCACCAAACCUGUGCAGGACAGGCCGACUCUUUUCUUGGAGGUUAUUCAGCGGAACAACCACUUUGGCUUUGGGGCAGGAAACUUCAAGUCUCUCUUUGAGGCCAUUGAGAAGGACCAAGAUGCCAGGGGCAACCUCAAAGUGCUGACACCCAAAGGGCAGGCCAAAGCCUUCUACUGAUCCUCUGCCUGCUGCUGCCAAACCACACUUAGACUGUUAUAUAUGGCUGUACAUUUCAGAGGCAAUCAACAACACCUUCCACAACUAGAAUAUAUCAAACACAUGUACAGUGAGUGCUGAAUAUCUUCAUGUGACAAGCUGCAAGUGCUAUCAGAUACGCUUUAAGUUGUGUGUAGAUUGCAUGCUGUACGGCUAAAUAAAGAAACUCAUGUUCGUGCGGGUUGGCAUGCAGGUUUGGGAAACAGGUGUACAAAUUUUAAAAGGACUAGUUUAACAUUUCGGGAAGUAUAGUUAUUUGCUCUCUUGCCAAGAGUUGAGAUGAGACAAGAUCAAGUUCAAGAUCUUUAUUUGUCCCAGGGGGGCAAUUGGUUCUGGUGUAGUAGCAAUAAAAAACAACACAGGAUGAGAACAUGAGAAAAAAAACCCCACACAUACAUAACCACACAUAAUGAAAACAUAUAACACAAGAGUAAAAAGUAAACACACAGUUAUAAUAGGCAUGGUUGGACAUGUAAUUCCCUACUUUACAGACGAUUAUAUAGGAUGCUGCUUGUGUCUGUACGCUAAACCUGCUUAGCACAAAGACAUGAAACAUAGAGCCUAUUUCCUUUUAAAGCUAUUUUUUUGCUUUUAUUUGAUAGUGACAGCUGGAGAUAGACAGGAAAUUCAGGGAAAAGAGAGAUGAUAUGCAGCAAAGGACCCAGCCUGGAAUUGAACCCAGGUCACUGUGGUUAAAACUUAGCACACCUAUCUACCCUACCACAUGUCCAAAGGUAAUCAGAUCAACACCCCCCAACGACAACAUGACUUUGGGGGGUGUAUUAUGUAAUUCCACAGCCAGGCUGGCUGAGAGUUACAUCAAUCUUUCAUCUAACUCUCACCAAGAAAGUGAAUCUAAGUAUUUUACCCAAAUCUACUCCUCCUUUACAAUGAUAUGUUCUCAAUAUGUGUGUGUCAUGUGUCAAUCUCUUCUUCUAUCUUUACUACUGAAACAUAUGACUCACUCGAGUGAUAUUUCAAAUCACAAUGAAAGUUUUGACAUUUAUUGGACUGUGAAAAAAACAAAGUCACUUUACAGCCUUGUGUUUCGUAGGCAAAACACAAACGAUAAACUGUUAUAUUGUAAAUUAAUAUUUUAAGUAAUCAAGUGUUUAGUUGUAGUUAUCUUUGUUAGUUGGGUAAAAAAUCUGGGUAUUUCUUGAGGUCUAAUAAAAU